AUGCUGCGGACCCAGGAGCUGGUCUCGUGCGGGUGGCCGGUCCUCUUUGCUCAGCAGGGUCCUCCCCGGCUCUCUCGGGCUUCUUCCGCGAGCGGGGGGCGAUCAGCCUGCUGGGGGCGAAGGAGCCCGGCGGCGGCGGCGGCGGCCAGGAGAGAGCCGCGGGCGGAGAGCCCCCUGCGGCGUCCAGGGCAGCGGCGGCCCCAGCGGCCUGGGUGGGCGUCCUGUCCGGGGAGGGGCAGCGGCGGACCUCGCUGGCUGGCUGGCACCAGGCUGCACUCAAGGGCGCGCGUCCAGCCGCCGGCGGGAGAAGAAGAGACUGCGGGCGGGGCCAGGGCGGAGCAGGAGGAGGAGCCGCCGCCAGCCCCACCCCUCUGCAGCGCUCCCGGGAUUGGCCGGCGGGGCCUGGGCGGGGCGGGGGUGGGGCGGGCGCCGAUUGGCCAGCAGCCGGCCGGAAGGGGCGUGCCCGGGCGGGGCUCCUGCCACAAAUGCCGAGGGCGCCUCGGAGGAGGACGUGACAGCGGCAGCUCCAGCAAGAGACCGAGGAGGAGGCGGCGGCGAUGCAGCAGAUGACAGCCCCGGCAGGCAGCCCGGACCCCGCCGCGGCGGAGCAGAGGAGCGCAGCCCAGAGCAGAUCCGACACCCUCCCGGGACUCGGGGAGGAAGAGGAGGCCCCCGCUGGCUGGAUGGGUGCCUGCAACUCGCCCCCCGCAACUGCGGAUGGAUCGUGAUGGAAAUAAAGAUGCUUCCCCCCCCCAGCCUGUCUCGUUCUUCCUCGGAGGGGUGUGUGGAGGGAUGGAUGGAGCUCUCCAGAGAGGCGAGCCCAGGAGAGCUCCCCUCUAGAGACCCCCCUUCUGUGUGUGUGUGUGUGUGUUUGUGGAGGGGGAUCUCUAGGGAGGGGUGCCCAGGAGAGCCCCUCUCUAGAGACCUCUGUGUGUGUGUGUCGGUAGGGUGGUUCUCUAGAGAGGGGCACCCAGGAGAGCGGCUCUCUCGAGACCCCUUGCUGUCUGUGGGGGGUCUCCAGGGAGGGGCGCUGAGGAGUGCCCCUCUCUAGAGGUGUG